CUAAGUGGUUUAUUAGCUUCUUAUAGUAAUGCGUCUACUUAAACACGUUGUGGUUUACCAUCGAAUUUUCCUAUUAGGUAAUUCUUUACGCUCUCGUGUUUUAUUGAGUUUAAACCGUUUUUCUUCGAAUUCCUUAAGUUUUAGGGAUUGGGUCUGCGGUUGUGGAUAUUCUAAUUUUUCUUACCGCAAGUGGUGCAACAAUUGUGGGAAGGCAAAUGCAACUCCAAUUCAAUCACAGAACGUAGAGCAAUCCAAACGCUUUUUUGAACCAGCUGAUGUUAGGGAAGGUGACUGGUUGUGCGAGUGUGGAGCUCACAACUUCGCUCGCCGACAGAUUUGUGUGUUUUGUUUGAAACCACAUUUGCCUAAGCCCCUAAAAUCGAGUUCUGAUUCUCUUCCUGCUUCAAAAGGUACUAUGAUAUCUCUAACCGAUAACUUCUUGCCCGGCGAUUGGGUUUGCAAGAAAUGUAGAGCCCAUAACUUUAGGAUGCGUUCCCAAUGCUUUGUCUGUGCGAGCCCUCGGUUGUCUGAUUCUGUAGAGCAAAUUGCAACGUGGGUAUGUACGUCAUGUCAUGCUUCGAAUUCAAAUAAUCAUGAUGCUUGUACUGUUUGUGGUAACCAACAUUCUCCAGGAGCAAAGUUUCCCACACAAGAUAUGGAUUUCUCUAAAUCUUUUCAACACAAAGACUGGACUUGCCCUCGAUGUGCAUAUGUAAACUUUGAAUCGCGUGUUUACUGCAAAAUUUGCAAGAUGGAAACGCCAGUAUUUGAAAAGUCUCCCCCAUUUACAUCAGAGUAG